GUCCGUGUACGAUGGCGAGGAGCACGGGCGCUUCAUGGAGAAGCUGGAGGCGCGGAUCCGCAACCACGACCGCGAGAUCGAGAAGAUGUGCAACUUCCACUACCAGGGCUUCGUGGAUUCCAUCACCGAGCUCCUCAAGGUCCGGGGGGAAGCCCAGAAACUCAAGAACCAAGUGACGGACACCAACCGGAAGCUGCAGAAUGAAGGGAAAGAACUGAUCCUGGCCAUGGAGGAGCUGAGGCAGUGCCGGCUGCAGCAGAGGAACAUCUCGGCCACGGUGGAUAAGCUCACGCUGUGUCUCCCCGUGCUGGAGAUGUACAGCAAGCUGCGGGAGCAGAUGAAAUCCAAGAGGCACUACCCAGCCCUGAAAACCCUGGAGCACCUGGAGCACACCUUCCUGCCCCAGGUGAGCCACUACCGCUUCUGCAAGGUGAUGCUGGACAACAUCCCGCGCCUGCGCCAGGAGAUCAAGGAGCUCUCCAUGUCCGACCUCAAGGACUUCCUGGAGAGCAUCCGCAAGCACUCGGACAAGAUCGGAGAGACCGCCAUGAAACAGGAUUGCAGAUUCAAUCCUUGGAAAAUAAUUGCCAGGAUAUUCUUCAGUCUCCUGCUCUCUCCAAACGUUCAGGCACAGCAGCAGAGAAACCUGGACAACAUCGUGUCCCAGCAGCCCAGGAUUAGCGGGGGGAAGAAAUCCAAGAAGGAAUUCAGCGCCAGCUCCGAGCUGGAGGUGAAGAACACCAGCCCCAUGUCGGAGCAGGAUUCGGGGAUCCUGGAUGUGGAGGAUGAGGAUGAGGAGGAAGAGGUGCCCGGAGCCCAGGAUUUGGUGGAUUUCUCCCCGGUCUAUCGAUGCCUCCACAUCUACUCCGUCCUGGGAGCCCGGGAGACCUUUGAGAGCUACUACAGGAAGCAGAGGAGAAAACAAGCUCGGCUGGUGCUGCAGCCUCCCUCCAACAUGCACGAAACUUUAGACGGCUACAGGAAGUAUUUCAAUCAAAUUGUAGGGUUUUUUGUGGUGGAGGAUCACAUCCUGCACACGACCCAGGGCCUGGUGAACCGCGCCUACAUUGAUGAGCUGUGGGAGAUGGCCCUGUCCAAAACCAUCGCGGCCCUGAGGACUCACUCCUCCUACUGCUCUGACCCCAGCCUGGUGUUGGACCUGAAGAACCUCAUCGUGCUCUUCGCCGACACGCUCCAGGGCUACGGCUUCCCCGUGAACCAGCUCUUCGACAUGCUGCUGGAGAUCCAGGACCAGUACAGCGAGACCCUGCUGAAGAAAUGGGCAGGAGUGUUCAGAAACAUCCUUGACUCAGAUAACUACAGCCCCAUCCCGGUGUCAAAUGAAGAAGUUUAUAAGAAAAUCGUUGGACAGUUCCCAUUCCAGGAUUCUGAACUCGAAAAGCAACCCUUCCCAAAGAAGUUCCCCUUCUCGGAGUUUGUGCCCAAGGUCUACAGCCAGAUCAAGGAGUUCAUCUACGCCUGCCUCAAGUUCUCCGAGGACCUGCACCUCAGCUCCACGGAGGUGGAUGACAUGAUCAGAAAAUCCACAAACCUGCUGCUGACCCGGACCCUGAGCAACUGUUUACAGAACGUGAUCAAGAGGAAAAACGUUGGACUGACAGAGCUCGUACAGAUCAUCAUCAACACCACCCACCUGGAGAAAUCCUGCAAGUUCCUGGAGGAGUUCAUCACCAACAUCACCAACGUCCUCCCCGAAACCGUCCACACCACCAAGCUCUACGGGACCACCACCUUCAAGGACGCCCGGCACGCCGCCGAGGAGGAGAUCUACACCAACCUCAACCAGAAGAUCGACCAGUUCCUGCAGCUGGCAGACUACGACUGGAUGGCCCUGGAGCCGGGCAGCCGGGCCAGCGACUACCUGGUGGAUCUCAUCGGCUUCCUGCGCAGCACCUUCGCCGUGUUCACCCACCUCCCGGGGAAGGUGGCCCAGACCGCCUGCAUGUCGGCCUGCAAACACCUCUCGACGUCGCUGCUGCAGCUGCUGCUGGAGGCCGAGGUCCGGCAGCUGACGCUGGGCGCCCUGCACCAGUUCAACCUGGACGUGGAGGAGUGUGAACAGUUUGCCAGAUCCGGCCCAGUGCCUGGGUUCCAAGGGGACACGCUGCAGUUGGCCUUCAUCGACUUGAGACAACUCCUGGAUCUGUUCAUCCAGUGGGAUUGGUCAACAUAUUUGGCCGACUACGGACAGCCCACGUGCAAGUAUCUUCGUGUGAACCCCACCACAGCCCUCAUCCUGCUGGAAAAGAUAUCCCGGGUGAUGCGGGACACCAGCAGGAAAAACAACGUUUUCGCCCAAUUCCGGAAAAACGAGCGGGACAAGCAGAAGUUGAUCGACACCGUGGCCAAGCAGCUGCGCGGCCUCAUCAACAGCCACCACUCCUGAGGGG